UUCGGCACAUUUGUGACAUAUUUAUCACACAAACUGAAGCAUCAGGAAUGGAACUAUGACAUAAAUCUGGUGACAUGGUCCGCUGGCUUGUUUUAUGGUUACGUCACCAUUGUUCCUCUUGGUUUGUAUUUAAUCCUUAAGUACUUCUCUGUACCAUCUGGCCUUGUCCAACUACUCUGCCUCUAUGGAUAUUCCCUAUUUGUCUUUAUUCCGGCUCUGUGUAUGUCUGUUGUGCCAUGGGAGAUAUUCAGAUGGUUGAUAGCUGGGGUGGCUGGAUUCAUGUCAGCAACUUUUGUGGCACUUAACCUCAGAGCACAUAUUUUGUCAGCAGGUGAAAGAUGGCUUUUGAUUGUUGCUGGCAUUUUUCUAUUACAGCUGGCUCUAGCUGUUGCACUAAAGGUCUACCUCUUCACAGUAACAGUAUGAGACGAAAGUAGUACUAAUACUAUCAUCAUACGGGAUCAAUGAAGUGUAGAUAACGAACAGAGAGCUUUUUGUUGGUUUAAAUUUUCAGUAAUAUAAUUUGUAGCUGAAAUGAGACUAUCAGAUUAAACCGUCAUUAGUUUUUUCAACGCAAUAUAGAGGCAAAUAAAAAUAGUUUGUAUGUUUGAUAACUACAAGCAAAUGUUUCUGUCAUUUGUUAUGUUACAUCUAACAUGUCCCUCAUGCAACAAUCCUUCCUUCCUUUACACUUGAAAUGUGGAUAGAAGCUCACCAAUCUUGUUAAAAUACAUGAGAAUAUUUGUAUAUCAGAGUAGUAGCAACGUAUUCUAUAAUAUAGGGAAACAAACCUU